AUGGCCGCGAAUCCAUUCCGCAUCAGCAAUGCCGGCCUGCCUCUGUUCAACAUCUACAAUGACGCGACGUCGUCCCUGAACAGCAACAACAACAACGACGACGACGACGACGGCGGCGGCGGCGGCGGCGGCGGCGGCGACAAUGACAACAACCGCCUGCCGCCGCCGCGGCGUCCGCCUAGGACCUUCUCCCUGCCUGGGGGGCCGUGCAACUAUGGUGACAUGAGCGCUGGUCCCAACGGUCCUAGGUGCGGCUGUCAGCGUUUCUGGGCGCGUCCUGCUGCGCUUACUUCUGACGGCGACGACGGUGGUUCCUGCAUGUGCGGCCAUCACGCCUGCUUUCAUCUUGAUGAUGCCACGGGAGGAGGCCUCGUCGUGACCCCCCACUCUGGUCUCGGCCAAGAGAAUGAGAGACCCCGGUCUGCUCCACGUCCGCCGCUCAGCCCCGUCGUCGACCUGUCACUCCAGAUGCCUCCUCCCCUCACGACCGCCCCGGCCUCUGCAUCGUCGUCUUAUCCUCCUAUAUACCCCAUUGACGACGCUCUCUCCUUUAUCCACGAGUACAGUGAUCUUCCCGGCGUGCCUACCCAGCAUGACACAGCCUCCGGACUGCCCUAUGGCUCCUCCCAACAGCAAUCACAGCGCCAGAUACCGCAGCAUGCAUCGUCCCUCCCCGACACGCUCCCCUGGGGCAACACCCCGCUGUCUCAGGCGUCUUUUUUUCAUUACAAGCCUGGCCUGGCCCCUUCACCCGGCCGUCCACCCUCGCAGGCCACGUCGACGACCUCCUCUGCCCGGGUCCGAUAUCAAAGGCCCUUUGCGGGUAAGGGACUGAACACGCUGACCAUCCCCAAACCGUCACCGGUGCAUGCUGCCUCUCCUGAAACCGUCACCUCCGGGCGGCAACUUGCCAGCAUGCCCGCCACUGCGCAGGAUGAUACCCAACCGGAGCCUCGAGCUGAGGAGCUGGGAGUGUCCCGCGAAGAGUUCAACAGCAUGUCUGACACCGUUGCCGGGCACGAGCAGCGCAUAGGCCGCCUCGAGACGACGUCGUCCUCGUUCCGUGGCGGCGGUCACGAAGAGUGCGAUGAGAGGCAUGAUCAUGGAGAUCUGCGCAUGACAGACAUGGAGGCCCGCAUGGACGAGGUGGAAAAGACCAACCACGAACACGGAGCUAUGCUGGCCCGUAUGACGGCAGAGAAGCAGGACGAUGCUGCAACACAGAGCGUGGCAUCCUUCUCCACCACGGCCAGCACCAACCGCCCUACUCACUCGCAGGAGCUUCGCAGCGAGGUCCAAACCCUCAGCGAUACCGUCGCCUCCAUGCAGUACCACCUGGCCACGCCCACUCACCCGUGGGAGAUCGAGGUUGUCUUCCUGCCCUUUCCUCUCAAGAAGCUGUGGCAGGUCCUCGACCAGUUCAAGCCCGACUCGGCUGCCGGGUCCGACGAGUGGACGCAGGUCCCUCCCAUGACGUUCUGCGCGAGCACCCCGACCCUUUCCUCGUCCCCCGUGUACGACGAGUGGACCAGGCCGCACCACGAUGCAGACUGGCUUCUCCCGCGGGCCUACUCGGAGACCAGUCCUGCUGGUUCCCGUCUACGCAGCCGUGGACUCGUACGCAACGUAGUGGUGCGUGGCCCUGACGCAAGGAGCGUUCAGCAGGCCAUGAUCGCUGCGUUUGGCGACGUGUGGCGUCAGAUGAUCAGUAGUAACGCGGCCUCGCAGAAGUCGGGCGGCGACCGCGCACGUCUCUCGCGGCGGUACACGGGCCUGCAGUCCAUGUGGGUUCCCCUGCGCAAGGUGCACAAGGACUCGCGCCUUCGGCUCCUCAGCCCGGCCGAGAUGCUCAACCCGACGAGCUGGAACGUCGAGUUCCUGAGCUCCGUCAUGAUGAAGAGGAAGACGGCCGUUUCGAGGCUGUACAUCACCCAUCCGGACGCAUACCUGCAGGACUGGAAUGCCUACGAGAGCGGGUGGACGUGGCAGCGCAUCCGGGAGCUGAAUCGCGUACACCUGGACCACCAGAACGCCGAGGUUCUCGAGGCGGAUGCCCUCGAGACGUGCUGGGCCCGAGACGCACAGCUCGACGAGACACAUAGCACCGCGGCCGUCAACCUCCUCCAACGACGGGCGACGACAUCAUCCCCCUCCCUGCGACACACCUCCUUCCUCGGCAGUCGCAGCGGCAGUCUCGGCCGCCGGUCGUCGAGCCCCGUGGUCCUGGCGGCCGCCCCCCUCCGUCACCAGCGCACAUCGUCUAUGCGCCACAGUCCGAUGCCCAGCUCUGCCGUCGGGUUCCGUCACCCGUCUCCAGCCCUGACGCGGCGUCGCGUCGUCUCCUACGAGAGAGGCACGGCGGGCGCUGCGGGAACCAGACGAAGCCGCCAAUCGUCGCCCAGCAUGUCGCAGCUCGCCGCCCUACGGACCCGCCGUCAGACCCGAUCACCCAGCUACCCGGCCUUCACCCCACGCAUGACGGCCACACCCAGCCCCGCACCCAUGCUCUCCGGCGGGCGGCAGGGACACCAGCGGGGCACGACACCAUUCGCCUACGCGACACCGCACAGCAACGCCGCUGCCCCUCUGCAGGAGCUCCGUCUCAUCAGGGCUGGCAGCGAAGCCCCCGUACCGGGGGAGUACAUGCCCGAUAUGGAUGAGCUGCACGACAUUGAAAUCUACGAGGAAUGCGACUACUAUUCCGAACCUUCAUCCUCUUCCUCAGACAUGUCCCUCGGCAACAACGAUGAUGAUCACGGUAUGCUCCUCCUGCAACAACAACAACAGCAGCAGCAACAGCGGCAGCGGCGGCAAACCGAAUCUCUACGCGAUAGGCAGCUCCCAGAGGACGAGCCGUGGCCCGGCAUCGAGGAACUGCAGCAGCAAGAUGGUCAGGGGGCAGAAGAGAUGUCUGAUGGGGAGAACGUCGAUCCUGACGAGAGCGACGCGAGUAGCUUGCCGUCCGAGUAUCCUUCCCACAGCGGUUGUUGGCCUGCUGGUUUUCAAAUUCACGAGGAUGAGUGA